AUGCUUAGUGGUUUGAGAACAGUCUACAGACGGCCAGUUGUGGUCCGCAGCGGGUUGCUUAUUUUGAAGGCAACCGCUACUACCCUGACUAUACCCGUGGAACAUAGUUUUGGUGAUAAAACCAUUGAGAACAAUGAACAAACUGAGAGCAACAGGUUGUCGAAAACCAUGACAAAGUUUUGGGAAAAGGUUGGAGUUAACCAUAGUAAGGAAAAGGGUCAUUAUGAAAUUCAAUUGGAUGGGAAAACAUUAAAGACCCCAAUGGGCCAUCCGCUUUCCGUUCCUAGUAACCAAAAACAAUUGGCUUAUUUAUUGGCUCAUGAAUGGGCCAAUUUACCUGAUUUGAAGGUGAAGACUCAUCAGUUACCCCUUACUUCCUUAGCUGCUAGAACGGUUGACCUUAAACAUAGUGCAGCAGAUGCCGCUAAUGGAUCGGAAGAAGCUGCUGCCAAAAUAGGUACUCCAGAUGAUAUUAGAUACAAUUUACUCAGAUAUUUGGAUACAGACACUUGUUUAAUCAUGGCUGCUAAUGAUGAAUAUAGUGGCAAACUCCGAAAGAAACAAGACGACUUAUAUUUACCAUUGAAAAAGGAAUUUGAAGAUUUCUUUACUGAAUAUGCCAAAAGCCAUUCUGACGAAUUAUUAGUACCUGAAGGUGGUGUGACAUUGGAGCAUCUUGAUUGUGAAACUGAUGGGCUUCGGGGUAAUCAGCAAAGUCUUGCGACUCAAGCCAUUGUAUUACAUUGGUUGAAAUCCUUACCUUUAGCUCAUUUGGUUGCACUUGAAAGAGCCGUUCUUACCUCCAAAUCUUUUUUGGCUGGUGCUUCAUUAUUACGGUCUUCAUGUUGUGAUCCAACACUCUUGAAGGAACUUUACCAAUUCAACAAAAACAGUCCAGAAGAUUAUUUCCAUCGUACCGUGAGAGAGAUUGUUGAAAUGGCCAAUUUGGAGACCAUUUUCCAAACGGAAGAAUGGGGUGAAGUGGAGGACACUCAUGAUGUAGAUGCUGAAGAUUGGUUAAGAAAUCUUACUGCUGCUACUCUUAUAACGAAAUAA